GUGUAAAUCAAACUUGCCCUUUAUUACUGUAAGCAUUUCCAACCAGGUCACCGGUGCUGUCUCUGUAAUUUACCAAAUGACGAUGUCUUUCGUGUCUGUUAGUCCUGACAGUGACUUCCCCAUACAGAAUCUUCCUUAUGGAAUAUUUUCUACACCAUCUAAUUUGACACACAGGAUUGGUGUGGCUAUAGGUGAUCAGAUUUUGGACCUCAGUGUUGUGAAGAACCUGUUUGAUGGCCCUGCACUUCGGAAUCAGCAGUCUGUGUUUGAUGAGACAACAUUAAAUGCUUUUAUGAGCCUUGGUCGUUCAGCAUGGAAGGAAGCUAGAGCCACGUUACAGAAACUGUUGUCUGCAGAUGAACCUAUCCUUCGGGACAACAGUAGUCUUAGGGACAGAGCAUUUGUUCCCCAGAACUCAGCUCAGAUGCAUCUACCCGCUAAAAUAGGUGAUUACACAGACUUCUACUCUUCCAAAAACCAUGCAUUCAAUGUCGGCUGUAUGUUCCGAGGAGAGGACAAUGCUCUAAUGCCAAACUGGACACACUUACCGGUUGGUUACCAUGGUCGCGCCUCGUCAGUGGUUGUAUCGGGUACUGACAUCAGACGCCCUAAUGGACAGACACGUCCUGAUGACACUAAGCCUCCUGUGUUCACCAAAUGUAGACUUCUAGACUUCGAGUUGGAGAUGGCUUUCUUCACUGGGCCUGCUAAUAAGCUUGGUGAACCAAUCACCAUGGACAAUGCAGAGGACCACAUCUUUGGGAUGGUGCUGAUGAACGACUGGAGUGCACGAGACAUACAAAAGUGGGAGUAUGUGCCUCUUGGUCCCUUCCUUGGGAAGAACUUUGGUACAACAAUUUCCCCUUGGGUGGUGUCAAUGGACGCCCUCAAACCCUUUACUGUUCCAAAUAUGGCCCAGUCUCCUGACCCUCUACCGUACCUUCAACAUGAAGAGCCUUACAGCUAUGAUAUCAACCUGGAGGUCAAGCUUAAGUGUGAAGGUCUGAGUCAGCCACAUGUACUUUGUAGGAGUAACUUCAAGAACAUGUAUUGGACAAUGAAACAGCAGUUAGUCCAUCACACAGUGACCGGCUGUAACACGAAUCCUGGUGACCUGUUGGCUUCGGGAACCAUCAGUGGAAAGACACCAGACUCAUUUGGCAGUAUGUUGGAGCUGUGUUGGAAGGGCACCAAACCAAUAGAUUUAGGUGGUGGACUCACUCGCAAGUUCUUACAGGACAGUGAUGAAGUCAUCAUGUCAGGAUGGUGUGAGAAUGACGGAGUACGAGUUGGCUUUGGCACAUGUACUGGGAAAGUCCUACCGGCACUGGACAUGUGAUUAUUAGUAUAAUCAAUUGGAGGAUAUGAUCUUGUUAAAACCUAGGAGUGUUAGUCAUCGUGUUUGUAAGGCGGCGGUCCUGGUGUUUGUAAGGCGGCGGUCCUGUGUACAUGUAUUGUGGCAGUCCUCUAAACUGUGGAGAUCCUGUGUACUAUGGCAGUUCUUCGUAAUGUGGCGCUCGAGUCUUUCUACCUUGGAACAUGAAAAUCUGUCCUGCCACAGAUUACAUAAUACAUAUCAAAUUUGGAUAUUUUUAUUACAAUCUUGCUAGUGGGAAGAACCCUUUUCUUUCUUCCUAUUAUUACAUAUAUUUCUACAGAUCAUAUGCUAUCUCUGCCAAUCUGUAUUUCUGAAUUUAACAUUCCUGUCAUCUUAGAAGUUGAUUUAUAUUGUUAACUGUAAGCAGAUCAGAUUCUUCACUGUUAAAUUUAUAGUAACUGUUUUGCUUUCAUGCAAUAUAUAUAGUUAAUUUGAAAACAGCUUCUCCAUAGAAUGUGUGUUAAUGACAUUGCCUAUAUAAUGGGCUGUUGUCGAUCUGGGAUGGACGCCUAGGUAAAAUAAAACUCUUACAUGUAGAACAAAAUCAUUGACACAGAUCACAUCACGAAGGUCUGAGUCGACACUCCUUCCUGAGUAUAGAGACCGGGGUGUGAGUGUUUAUUGGUACGGGAGUGUAUGUUUGUGAUGAUCACGUUGAUGUAUCAUGUUAUACUACCAUGGGGAAUAAAUCAAGCAAUCUUUA